UGAUACUCUGCACGAGUCAUCACGCAUCCGGAUAUCUGUGCCACGUUUGUUACCAAGAAAAACGCAGCGAGCGGAAAAAUCACGCCACGAGAACGAAGAAAUUCGUCAAGCUGGCGCCGUUCAAGCUCCGUUUCUCGAAGAUGCUGAAAUCGCGCAGUUCCGGCGAUAGUCGCAGCAACAGCGUGGAAUCCGAGGAACAGCAGCGGCAAAUUAAUCAGUCGUUGCCGUCAGGUACAGACGAGUUUGCGGAUGCAUCCGAGACGGAAAUGGACAAGAAUUGUUUGUCGGUUAGAAACGAGCAAACAAUUCCCAGCUCACCUCCACCCUCGUACGAACACGUUCUCGAAGAGACACGAAUGGAAUCAUCGGCCAUUGCAUUACGAGAAGCAAAGGAGGAAAAUAUGGAAAAACAGGUUCCCAAUAACGAAAAAAGUACGGAGGAGGCUGAAGAUGGUGAUGGAGGUGACGAUGGCAGUGGCGGUCCAAGAGGUGGGGACAAAAAAGCAGCCAAGAAAAUACUCCAUAAAUCGAGCAAAGAAUUCUACAAAGCGAUGGCAAAGCAGUGGGGCAUAACUUGCAAAAUGAGUGAUCAUUGCAGAUGUUUGGAUUGCCAGAGCCAUUACUUCGACUGCGACUAUGAAAAGGACGAGCAAGCAAAGGGCGAUGGCGGUCUUAGCGCCGGUACGCCGAUGUUCAUCUCCGAGGUGAUGCAUGGCACCGCCUGCGCCCUUCUUUAAAUCGCCGCAUUCUUCCGGUUUCGCUUCUUCCCUCGACGGGAAAGAUGUCUACCUGACUACAUGUAGAAAGACGUCUACCUGAUUACACGCACAAAACGGGAAUCAGCGCCUAAAGAACGACGGGGGAGCUUCAUGCAUUUAUAUUCUGUACAAGAUAUGUCGCAAUGUCAUGGGUGAGACAUCUGCGUGUAUUUCAACAUAAGAGAAAGAAAGAGAAGCUACUCAUGCGCGCGAUGAAAUAUAAGGGAAAUAUCGUACGCUUUACGGCAUACAAAGAUGCGAGAUAAAUUAUUUUGAGAUUAGACUACUAAGUCUGUGUACACAAGAGCACAUCAAAGAUAACCAAUGUAUAAUUGCGCUGUUCUUAUACGAAAAGGAAACAAAAGAAAAAUUCUUGCUUCUUCUUUGCAUAAGAGCUGUUCA